AUGAACAUCCCUGCAUUCCUUUAUUUCUUCAAUUUGCUAUGGGCUUCACCUAGUGUCGUUCUUUCGCGAGGUGUCGAUCGCCAUAACGUGGCCCAGUUCAAAGUCAAUUCUUUGCCGGGAAUAUCGUCCUUGCCGUCGAGCUGGGCUGGUCGACUGCCUGUUCCGGGGGCAAAAAAAGGCAACGAGAUCUUCUUCUGGCUAUUUGAAUCAGAAAAGCCAGCAUAUGAUGAUAAUCUUAUCAUUUGGUUCAACGGCGGUCCGGGUUGCUCUUCAUUGAUAGGGCUAGCAACAGGCAAUGGCCCGUUUUCGUUCGAUGGGAACUCUACAAACCUCGUUCGCAAUCCUCAUUCAUGGACACAACUGGGCAAUGUGCUUUAUGUUGAUCAGCCCGUCGGUACAGGCCUGUCCACGGCAAGCGAUCCAUAUCCAGUGCGGGACAAUGGCCAGGUUACAACGGAUUUUGCAUCCUGGCUAGUUGGCUUUCUCGACCAUUUUCCACAUUUGAAAUCAAAGCAGAUUCAUUUGAUGGGCGAGUCCUAUGCUGGCAUUUACAUUCCCUACAUCGCAUCCCAACUUGUCAAGAACAGUUCUGUGCCAUUGAACAUUGCUUCCAUGUCUCUGGGCGAUGGCUCAUGGGGAAAUGGGGCAGCUAUGUCAUCGGUCGCUACAGGUAGAUAUAUCAGGUCAAAGUCAGCGCUGCUUGAUAUUCCAGAAGACAUUCUCUCCGUCUUUGCCGAAGCCGACGAAACCUGUGGGUUCAACGGCGUACUGGCAGAGUCUGCCGUCUACCCUCCCAAGGGCAAGUUUGUCAUUCCUGGGAAUCCAGAGUUCUUCAAUCUCAAACGUCGACGCCGAGACUUGACAAACGCCCUGAAUGCUGCAUGCGACAUAGGACCAACAACCCCAGAAGAAGUCCGAACCUCAAUCUUCAACUCGACGUGUUACGGCCCCUGUGCAACCUUCUCCACGGCAAUGGAUUACAUGACGACCAAAUCCGCCAAUAGCUCAACUCAUGGUUGCUACGACGUAUACGACAUAUCUCACGAUUGCAGUUCCAUCUCCGCAUUGCCAUUGCUGGCAGGAUAUUUCAGUCGUGCAGAUGUCCAGGCCGCCCUGCACGCCCCCAAUAGUGGGCCUUACAGCGCCUGCAACUCGACUAUCCUGGGCACUCUCCUUGCCGCAGAGUCUCCUGUGCCACCGGCGUAUUUCAUCUUACCAAACCUGGUUACAGAACACAACAUCUCACUCCACCUCUUCUCUGGUGAAUGGGAUAUGUUGAUCAAUCAUCUUGGCUCAGAGCUGUCGCUGCAGAACAUGACGUGGCGUGGCGCACAGGGCUUUUCGAAACCACCAAAUCAGUUGUUCUAUGCAGAUAAUGCAGCACCCUCAGUGACUAAGAAUUCCAAACCUGCGCCUGCUACAACUCUUGCAGCUGCUACUGCCACGUUGAAGGCGGCUGGAACAUGGGCUGAGGAACGUGGAGUAUCUUACCAUCUUUUCCGUGAAGCAGGACACAGUACUUUUGUGAAUAAGCCUCGUGAGAUGUUUUCUUACGUCAGAGACGUGGUCGUGGCUCCUAGAGCUGGUUGA